CACCUCUGAAGACUAACCUGGCAUACAUUUUAGUGUGUAGUACUGAGAGAGCGUGAGCUCCAAAGCUCCAACUUUGCCUCGUGCAGGCACAGGAGAUAUGAACACCAUCCAUAACAACAGUACCUCUGCUAUCAACCCUCUGCCAAAAAGCGCACACGAGUCACAGGAUAUGGCCGUGUAUUGUGACAACUUCAGUGUUUACCACCAACAGAACCUACCUGCACCCCAAAGACCAGCGGGAUACGGCCUGAGCGAGUACACACCGAGUCCAAACCCAUACCUGUGGCUUAAUGGACCUGGCGUCAACGCAUCUUCAUCUUACAUUCAUGGAAACAACAGCCCAUCGUUCAUCCCUCCUACUUACGGCUCUCAGAGACAAUAUCUCACGAACUCGUCCGGGUUCGCCGGUCCCGAUCUGGGCUGGCUCUCCAUCGCGAGCCAAGAGGAACUUUUAAAGCUCGUGCGUCCUCCGUACUCAUAUUCGGCGCUAAUAGCCAUGGCGAUACAGAACGCGCACGAGAAAAAGUUAACCUUAAGUCAAAUAUAUCAGUAUGUGGCAGAUAAUUUUCCGUUUUAUAAGAAGAGUAAAGCGGGGUGGCAAAACUCCAUUAGACACAACCUUUCCUUAAAUGACUGCUUUAAGAAAGUGCCGCGCGACGAAGACGACCCAGGAAAAGGAAAUUAUUGGACUUUGGACCCCAACUGCGAGAAGAUGUUUGACAACGGAAACUUUCGCAGAAAAAGAAAGCGCAGAUCCGAAAACAACACAGGUGUUGCCAGCAAUACAAAAACAGAGGAUGAUCGACAGCUUACAGGGAUGAAACACACAGACAGCAGCAAUCACCUUACUGGACCCGCAUCUCCUGACACUGAUGGGCCUAAUGAAAGCCACAAAGCCACAUCUCCUGCUCUUGCUCCAUGCUUCAAUAAUUUCUUCAACAGUAUGUCUGCUUUAAGCUCUUCUUCAGCACCUGCCAGACAGGGCUCUCUAGGUCUGGUAAACGAACUCUCCAGCCGAAAUAUUAGUACCUUGAAUCCGUACCAUGUCAGCUCAGCAUCUGACGCAGGUGGGCCGAGUGACCUCCAGGACAGUGUUCAAGUUAACCGUGGGAUGUACUAUAACUCUUUUACUGGGGGCCAGAGCUCCCAGUUCAGUGGACACUUCUACAAUAGUUUCAGUGUAAACAGUCUUAUUUACCCUCGAGAUGGAACGGAGUUAUAAAAGCACGAAUGCCUACAACAACAUCUAAGCUAAUAACGCCAAUGUCCACUAAGUGUGACAAACAAAAAAGGUUUUGUAUUUCUGUAGCUUGAUCAGCAGACUAUAUGCAGAUAACCUUGUUAAUGCAGCACACAUCAGACCUUUAUGCAUAAACUCCAAAAAAUGAUUUAAAUAUUAAGUACUUUGUGUUAAAUUAGGUCUAUUCUGAGACAACUGUAAUUACAUUUUCUGUUUUAUUUAACUGAAAUUCACUGUAAAAAAGAAAAGUUGGAUCAACUUUUUAAAAAAUGUUGGUAACACUUAUGAAAUAUUUAGUUUUAAACUUUUUUAAGUUUUACCAAUUUAAGUUGAUCCAACUUUUACUUUGUACAGUGUUCAUGUGCCAUUUGUCCAUGCAGUAGUUUCAAUAAAUUUGUCCUUUAAAUUUGAAUUAGUAAAGGUCUGAAACAUUUGAUGGCUUUGAUGGAGAAAUUGCCUUAGUUUCCAUGAUUGCCAAAAUACAGUAUUGUUCAACAUUGAAAUCAAGUUCUUGAGUUUGUCGACCUCCUUAUUUGAGACUUUUGUAUUUUUGUACUUUUGUAAAAGUUGUUUUCUUGUAGUAGUUUAAACUAUUUAUAAUAACUUAUGUAUUCAUGCAGUUUUUAAAAAAAAUGUAUAUCUCUUUUUUUAAAUGUCUACUCCAUAAUAAGUGAAAUUGCCCAGCAUGCACUAAAACUUUACAUAUUUGAUAAUCUUUAAAUUCAGUUACAAGUCACUACAUUUAAUGUUUAUUUUCCAUAAUUUUUGAGAAAAAUACUUUUAAGGAAAUAAAAAAUCCAGUAACAAAUUUAACAGUUGUUUUGUUUGUUUCUCUGUACUUCAAAAAUAUGGAAAUAUGGCCUGUAAAUAUCAAGGUUUAAACUAAAAAAAAUGUAAUAUCAGAAUUGUACUUUUAACCACAAUCUAUGUCUUAUUUAUGCUAAAAGGGUUAAAUUAUGUAAGUCAAACAUGCAACAUUUUGGCUGCUUGAAAAGUGCCUUUGAAUUAUUUCAUUUUUCAUGAUAUAGUCAUUGUUCAUUAUUUCAAUAUUUUCACACUUCUUAGCGUAAAGACAAAAAUAUAUAAAUGACAACAAAAAAAUUAAAUCCUAAACAGGCUGUGUCAAAGUAUGCUUGACAUUUUUUAGUUAGAGAGGUUUGGAUAGCAUGGACACUGACUUUAUUACAUUAUGAUUAGUUUUAUUUCAAAGAAAUAAACUAAUAUUUUAAUUGAAAGUGCCAACAUGCAUUAAAGCAAUGCCUCAUCAUAUAGCUAAAUUACUAUCUCAAAACAGUAUCCACAUAACAUUGCUAUGUGAUGUAUAAUAUCAGCAUCAUCAUUGUUCUGUGCUCAGGUGCAUUUUGUGUUUCAGUGUCAAUACAUUGUUCAAUCAGUGGUGGUUCAGUCACCUCAGAGGAAGACAUGUCUGAAGCCUCGGUCUUAUUUCUCACAGAAACAAUACAACCAUUGUUUCUUUGUAUUUCACAAUAGCUAUUACUGUACAGUGUGUUUUCAAAGACAAUAAAUGUGACUAGAUUCUAUAUU